CAGUUUGCGCCGCCGAUUUGAAUCUAGCGCGGCAAGAAGAACUAGCGAGCACCGAGGGCUCCUCGACGGGACCGGGUUAAGGUCCAGUUUCCUCGUGCACCUCCUCCGAUCUUUUGCCCCUUCGAGCCGGAUUGCCGUGGCUAAGAGUGUGUGAGCAACGGACGUGCGCGGCGCACCCUCCCUACCCCAGCGCCCGUCAAGAUGGACGCUGCAGCCUAGAAGAAAUGGCGAUCGCAGAAGAAGUCGGAGUAGUGCUGGGGGCGCGAAGACGCGUGUGAUUCUCCACAAAAGACAUGCGGCAUGCCCCCAGGCUUCGGCCGAGGCCCUGAACGCGAGUGUCUUCGGCAUGUGCUCUGUGCUUGUCGCGACCAGCCUACGACUGUCUAUUCCGCAUUGUGUAUCACAACUAGCAAUAAAUGAAGACUAAUAUCCCACAUGAUUUUUCAAGGACAUACACACAUAACAAAGAAAGUUGAUGUUAGUAAUGUUUUUGGCCCCCAAAAUUGCCCGAUCUGAAUACGAGGUAUCCUGGGGGCCUAGGCGCGAGGAGAAAUGUCCGAAGCCUCUGACUUAUCGUCCGAGGAGGAGCGCUGCAUAUUCCGUCCAUUCACGCGCGAGUCGCUUGCGAUCAUCGAGACUAGAAUUGCAGAAGAGUAUGCUAGGCAGAAGGAGCUCGAAAAGAAAAAAGCUGAAGGAGAGAUUCGGUAUGAGGACGAGGACGAAGAUGAAGGCCCCCAACCUGAUCCAACUCUGGAGCAAGGGCUGCCUAUACCAGUACGUCUUCAGGGUAGCUUUCCUCCAGAAUUGGCUAGUACACCUCUUGAGGACAUCGACGCUUUUUACAGUAACCAAAGGACUUUUGUAGUAGUUAGUAAAGGCAAGGACAUAUUUCGAUUUAGCGCAACAAACGCCAUGUGGAUACUCGAUCCCUUCAAUCCAAUCCGUCGAGUAGCUAUUUAUGUUCUAGUGCAUCCUUUAUUUUCUCUUUUUAUCAUUACCACAAUCCUCGUCAAUUGUAUCCUCAUGAUUAUGCCCACAACACCCACCGUAGAAUCAACUGAAGUGAUAUUCACAGGCAUCUACACGUUCGAAUCAGCUGUGAAGGUGAUGGCGAGAGGUUUUAUUCUUGAACCGUUCACCUACCUUAGAGAUGCAUGGAACUGGCUCGACUUCGUAGUCAUAGCUUUAGCUUAUGUUACCAUGGGUAUAGACCUUGGAAAUCUUGCUGCCUUGAGAACAUUUAGGGUACUACGAGCUCUAAAAACCGUUGCCAUUGUGCCAGGUUUGAAGACUAUCGUGGGAGCUGUAAUAGAAUCUGUAAAAAAUCUACGAGAUGUGAUAAUUUUAACAAUGUUUUCCCUGUCAGUAUUUGCAUUGAUAGGUUUACAAAUUUAUAUGGGAGUGCUAACCCAAAAAUGUAUCAAAGAGUUUCCAAUGGAUGGCUCGUGGGGAAAUCUUACCGCUGAAAAUUGGGAAAGAUUUGUCAGCAACGAAUCAAAUUGGUAUUAUGAUGAGGAUAAAGGCGAAAGACCAUUGUGUGGGAAUUCAUCCGGAGCAGGACAGUGUAAAGAGGGUUACAGAUGUUUACAAGGUUAUGGCGAAAAUCCAAAUUAUGGUUACACGAGUUUUGAUACAUUCGGUUGGGCGUUCCUUUCUGCCUUUAGACUAAUGACUCAGGAUUAUUGGGAAAAUUUAUAUCAACUGGUUUUAAGAUCCGCCGGUCCUUGGCAUAUGUUGUUUUUUAUUGUUAUCAUAUUUUUGGGUUCAUUCUAUUUGGUUAACUUAAUUUUGGCUAUUGUCGCUAUGUCUUAUGAUGAGUUACAGAAGAAGGCUCAGGAUGAGGAGGAAGCAGAAGCAAACGCCCUCAGGGAAGCCGAAGAGAAAGCGAAAGAGAAGCAGGAUAGAGCGGAUGCGAGAGCGGCGGCGGCUGAAGCAGCAGCGGCAGCAGCGAUGGUAGCAGCAUCGGGCGAAAUCAUUAAAUCCUCGUCGGACUAUUCGUGUCACAGUUACCAGUCUUUCGUAGAACAACCCAACGGACAGGACGACAACAACAAGGAGAAGAUAAGCAUUCGUUCGGAAGGAUUAGAUUCCGUGAGUGAACAAAGAAGAGUUCCUACUAAUCUCAGCAAGAUGCGGAAAGUCAGCGCUGCCAGUCUCAGUCUACCUGGAUCUCCGUUCAAUCUUCGACGAGGCUCUCGAGGUAGUCACCAGUUCACACUGAGAAACAAUAGGCGUAUGGCUCCCCCCGGCGAUCGGAAACCACUGGUUCUGUCGACUUAUCUCGACGCCCAAGAACAUCUACCCUACGCUGAUGACUCCAACGCAGUGACUCCAAUGAGUGAAGAAAACGGAGUUAUGGUCCUUCCCAUGUAUUAUGCAAACUUGGGAUCACGUCAUUCAUCGUACACUUCACAUGCUUCACGGAUGUCAUACACUUCUCAUGGAGAUUUGUUAGGCGGUUUGGGAAGCAAUGGAAAAGUUAUGACGAAAGAGAGUCAGCUGAGAGGUCGCUCCAAGAGAAAUGGAUCACAAGGCGCAGCGAACCCCUUAAGCUAUGAUAUGACCAACAAGACACACAGAGGCGACUACGAUGGUCCCACCGGGCACUUCUGCGGAUCAAAGUUGAAGCAAUUAGACAAUCCAUUCAUCGAUAGCAAUCAGAAACAAACAGUAGUAGACAUGAAAGAUGUGAUGGUGCUGAACGACAUCAUCGAGCAGGCAGCCGUCAGUGGAGGUAGCGAUCGUGGAGUUUCUGUUUAUUAUUUCUCAGCCAAUAAUGACGAGGAGGAAGAAGAACCAACAAUAAAGGAACGCGUUCUAGAAUACACUAUAAGAAUCAUAGAUAUCUUUUGUGUUUGGGAUUGCUGUACAUGCUGGGUAGCAAUCAAGAAUUUCGUCAGCUUAAUAGUUUUCGACCCUUUCGUCGAACUCUUCAUCACGCUCUGCAUCGUAGUCAACACGCUAUUUAUGGCACUGGACCACCACGACAUGGACAAGGACUUAGAGAAAGCUUUGAAAAGUGGAAACUACUUUUUUACUGCUACAUUUGCCAUCGAAGCUACUAUGAAACUAGUCGCUAUGAGUCCGAAAUACUACUUCCAAGAAGGUUGGAACAUCUUUGAUUUCAUAAUUGUAGCACUGUCCUUAAUCGAACUUGGACUCGAGGGGGUCCAAGGAUUAUCAGUUUUACGUUCGUUUAGAUUGCUAAGAGUGUUCAAAUUAGCAAAAUCAUGGCCGACUUUGAAUUUGCUCAUUUCCAUCAUGGGCAGAACUAUGGGGGCUUUAGGCAACCUAACCUUCGUGUUGUGUAUUAUCAUAUUCAUAUUCGCCGUGAUGGGUAUGCAGUUGUUUGGAAAAAAUUAUACAGAUAACGUGGACCGCUUUCCUGAUCACGACCUUCCAAGAUGGAACUUCACAGAUUUUAUGCAUUCCUUUAUGAUAGUGUUCCGAGUGUUGUGUGGAGAAUGGAUAGAGUCUAUGUGGGACUGUAUGUUAGUGGGUGAUGUGUCUUGUAUCCCAUUCUUCCUUGCUACCGUUGUUAUUGGCAAUCUUGUGGUUCUUAAUCUUUUCUUAGCUCUGCUUUUGAGUAAUUUUGGAUCGUCGAGUCUGUCGGCGCCCACGGCCGACAACGACACCAACAAAAUUGCGGAGGCCUUUGACAGAAUAGGCCGUUUUACAAGAUGGACAAAGGCUAGUGUUUUACAUAUCGCUAAACUGAUUCGAUUCAAGCUCACCAACCAAAUAUCCGACCAGCCGUCAGGUGAGGGACCGUCCAACAGUUGGAACCAAGAUGUGAGGGAUGGUGGUUUAGAAAUAUCCGCUGAAGAAAUUGUAGCUGAUGGGUUAAUAAAAAAGAGCCCCAAAGAUCGCCUUGAGGUAACAAUAGGAACGGGCAUGGAUUUGACCGUACACGGGGACCCAAAAAGAGGCAAAAACAGCAUCAACAAAAGCAAAACUAUAGGAAACUCGAUUCUAGAGCACGGUAUGUACAUCGGACAUCUAGACGAAGACGAAAUAAGUAACAAGUCGUACGGAAGUCAUAAACAUAGAUUUAAAGAUGAGAGUCACAAAGGUAGUGCCGAUAUGUUAGACGAACAUGAGGAAAAACGAGAUGCUAGUAAAGAAGAAUUAGGCAUCGCCGACGAAAUGGAAGAUGACAGAUACGAAAGCGAAAGACCGUUAACUGACAUCGUGGUAGUCGCAAAUACAGAAGACAUUAUCAUAGAUGAAUAUGCCGCAGAUUGCUUUCCAGAAACGUGUUACAAAAAGUUCCCCUUUCUUGCAGGAGACGAAGAUUCGCCUUUUUGGCAAGGCUGGGGGAAUUUGCGAUUUAAGACGUUUCGUCUUAUAGAGAACAAGUACUUUGAAACGGCUGUUAUUAUAAUGAUUUUGCUUAGCAGUUUAGCGUUGGCUUUAGAAGACGUUCAUCUACAACAGAGGCCCAUUUUGCAAGACGUGUUAUACUACAUGGAUAGAAUAUUUACGGUGAUAUUUUUCUUUGAAAUGUUAAUCAAGUGGUUAGCUUUAGGGUUCCAAACGUAUUUCACGAAUGCAUGGUGCUGGUUAGAUUUUGUAAUUGUAAUGGUAUGUAACCAUGUAUACAAGAAGUACCAACAGAGAUUAAUGUGUUCGUUGCAGGUAUCGCUAAUUAACUUCAUUGCCGCUUUAUGUGGUGCCGGCGGAAUUCAAGCUUUUAAAACUAUGCGGACACUGCGAGCGCUAAGACCACUUCGUGCUAUGUCACGUAUGCAAGGAAUGAGGGUUGUCGUAAACGCGUUGGUACAAGCGAUACCAUCUAUCUUCAAUGUAUUGCUAGUGUGCUUAAUAUUUUGGUUAAUUUUUGCUAUAAUGGGUGUACAGUUGUUUGCCGGCAAAUAUUUUAAAUGCGUAGACGCAAAUAAAUCAACGUUAAGCUAUGAAAUAAUACCAGAUUAUAAUGCUUGUGUAGCUGAAAACUACACAUGGGAAAACUCUCCAAUGAACUUUGACCACGUGGGAAAGGCAUACCUUUGUCUCUUCCAGGUUGCCACAUUCAAAGGGUGGAUACAAAUUAUGAACGACGCCAUAGAUUCUAGAGAUAUAAAUAAGCAACCCAUAAGAGAAACCAAUAUUUAUAUGUACUUAUACUUUGUAUUUUUUAUAAUCUUUGGAUCAUUUUUUACACUAAAUCUGUUUAUUGGUGUCAUCAUCGAUAACUUUAAUGAGCAAAAGAAAAAGGGUGGUGAUUCCAUAGCGUUAAUGAUGACCGACGCUCAGAAAAAAUACUACAAUGCGAUGAAAAAAAUGGGUUCGAAGAAACCGAUGAAAGCUAUACCAAGACCGAGGUGGAGACCUCAAGCUAUCGUCUUCGAAAUAGUAUCAAACAAAAAAUUCGAUAUGAUAAUCAUGUUGUUUAUCGGAUUAAACAUGUUGACGAUGACAAUGGAUCACUACCAACAGGAAGAAACCUUUACGAAGGUUCUGGAUUCGCUCAACACGAUUUUCAUUGUUAUAUUUAGUACCGAGUGCCUCAUGAAAAUUUUUGCUUUACGUUAUCAUUACUUUACAGAACCUUGGAACCUGUUCGAUACAGUAGUAGUAAUUUUAUCAAUUUUGGGAUUGGUCCUUAGCGAUAUAAUUGAGAAGUACUUUGUAUCGCCGACACUACUAAGAGUAGUGCGAGUGGCGAAAGUAGGGAGAGUCCUUCGAUUAGUGAAGGGAGCAAAAGGCAUCCGUACACUGCUUUUCGCAUUAGCCAUGUCACUGCCUGCACUGUUCAACAUCUGUUUACUACUAUUCUUGGUCAUGUUCAUCUUUGCCAUUUUUGGGAUGUCUUUCUUCAUGCACGUGAAAGAUAAAAGUGGAUUGGAUGAUGUGUACAAUUUCAAGACGUUCGGUCAAUCCAUGAUUCUCUUGUUCCAAAUGUCCACUUCAGCAGGAUGGGACGGAGUGCUUGAUGGUAUCAUCAACGAAGAAGAUUGCAAGUUACCGAAUAACGAGAUAGGAGAGACCGGAAAUUGUGGAAACUCGACGAUCGGCAUCGCUUUUUUGCUAAGCUAUCUCGUUAUAUCUUUCCUCAUCGUGAUCAACAUGUACAUCGCUGUGAUUUUGGAAAACUAUUCCCAGGCUACAGAAGACGUACAGGAAGGUUUAACAGAUGACGACUACGAUAUGUACUAUGAGAUUUGGCAGCAGUUCGAUCCGGACGGAACGCAGUACAUACGGUACGACCAAGUGUCGGACUUGUUCGAUGUGUUGGAACCUCCUUUACAAAUCCACAAACCAAAUAAAUACAAAAUCUAUUCCAUGGACAUUCCUAUAUGCAAAGGUGAUCUGAUGUUUUGUGUAGAUAUAUUAGACGCGCUAACCAAAGACUUCUUCGCCCGGAAGGGCAACGCGAUUGAGGAAACAGAUGAACUAGGUGAAGUGCAACCUGUACAAAACGAGCCGGGUUAUGAAAAAAUUAGUUCUACACUGUACAGACAGCGUGAGGAAUAUUGUGCAAGACUGAUCCAGACAGCGUGGCGGAAGUACAGACAACGCAGCGGUGAUGCUCCCGAACAACCAGUGACCGUGGAGGAGAGUACCGGUGGCGGGGAAGGGGAAGUUGAGGCUCACCAAACUGCCGUUUUGGUCGAGAGUGACGGAUUUGUGACCAAAAACGGGCACAAGGUAGUGUUACACAGUCGUACGCCCAGCAUCAGCUCCAAGUCUGCAGACGUCUGAGAUUGGCCCCGCCCCUCCCCGAUUUCGCCAUAGGCUCGGAUGGCCAUACUGCACGUCUUUUUAUCUCGGCUGCACUCCAGAAGGUUCUUCACUCUUACAUACAUCGAAUUCCGUAUAAAUAUCUACUGUAACUGCGUCUACUGCGUUAAGCUGUUGCUGGAUACUUUCGAGAUAAAACUUACGUGGACUUAAGUCUGUGCUGUGUAGUUUGAUGGAGAAGGUAUCGUAUAUUAAGUGUCAACUGCUUUUGCUGCUCAUAUCGCUAUUGAUAAUACUCGAAUACAUAUAGCGUUUAAAUCCACUUUCACCAUCCAAGUCAUAGUUGUAUGAACAGUGAAUUCACUGGCUAGUUCUAUGUUAAAUUUUCAUUUACACGUGAUUAUAAAGUAGCAACUAUGUCCCAGCAUUUGUUGCUAGUUUUAACUCAUGAGAUAGUCCCAAAAAUUGAAAAUUCUACACAAAACUGGUCGCUAAUACAAAAAACAGUUGAUGUAAAACUUUACACGUUUUGUUUAUUCAGGGGGCCUGUUAUUUCGAAACAUGUUAAACUUCAUCCACUCAUCUUUUUAAUAAUAAUUAUUGAGGUUUUCAAAAGUAAGAAAGAAUAGUACGGAGUUCAUAAAACCGGUUCCACUUAGUACAGCCGUGGAACCGUCAACUGUAAGACGUUUAUAAACUUUUGGAGAUCUCACCUGCCAACAAGCCGUAUGUUUUGAACUAACAGGAUUACCACAUAACUCAAUGAUUGUAACGCUAGGAGUAAAAUCCUGUACAUAAUUGUUAUUAUUAACAAACUAACAAAAAGGCUUGAUUUGUUCUGCAUGCAGACUACAUCAAGCUUAUACAUCCUGAGUCCAUUAACCUUAAUUAAUCGACAUCACACAGCUAAAGAAUCUCAACGCACUGAUAAGGUAAAAGCAAGUUUAUUGUUAUUUGGGAGCAACCGUUCCCAAGUGGUUCCCAAAAACAAAAUAGGCAUUUCAAAUUUAAGGAUAAUGAUUCAGGUUUAGCACUUCCAAG